CGGAAGUUCUGGCGAUCGAUUUCUCCUCUCCCUCCGCUCGUAUCGCUUGACGCGCCGCGCCCCUCGUCGACGCGUAUAUUGCACAUACACGUACAGCACACGCUGAGUGCGAUCGUGCCGCGGCGUGCGCAUACGCGACAACGCGUUCCUCUCGAUUGCAUCCUUUUGCCGCGGCGAUAUGAGCUCCGAAAGAAGCGCACCGGGCCCGUCCACGGUGCAACAAGAACCGUCCUUGCAACGCAGAGGUCGACGCCGCAGGCUGCCGGACGGGAUGGACCAUUCGUCGGGAGGCAGCGGCCCAGCUGUCAAGAAGACCACGGUGCUUGUCAUCGGAGCAGGACUCAGCGGUCUGUCGGCCGCCAAGCUGCUUUCCGAGCGUGGAAUUGACGUCACUAUACUCGAAGCACGUGACAGGGUCGGAGGCCGCCUGUUCACCAUAAAGAACGAUUUGGUCGGCUGGGUGGACCUGGGCGGAUCGUAUGUGGGGCCCACGCAGAACCACAUCCUGCGUCUCGCCAACGAGCUGCAAGUGGACACGUACAAGAUAUUCGACGAUCUCAAGCUGCUGCACUUCAGCGAGGGCAAGGCGUACCCGUACGAAUCCACGUGGGCCCAUUUCGGCAUCAAUGACCCCCUGGCAUGGUUCGACAUCAACUACGUCAUGCGCAGGAUGGACAUUAUGAUGGAGCAGGUCCCCGCCGUAGACCCGUGGAACUGCCCCCACGCGGAAGAGUGGGACGCUAUGACGCUGCAGAAUUUCUUCGAGAAGGAGUCGUGGACAAAGGGCUGCCGCGACUACCUGAGCGCCCUGGCGCAGGUAAACCUUUCGAGCGAGCCGAGCCAGGUGUCCCUGCUCUGGGCGCUGUGGUACAUCAAGUGCUGCGGAGGGAAUCGCAGGAUGUGCAGCACAUUCAAUGGAGCGCAGGAAAGGAAGUUCGAAAACGGCGCCAUGACAGUUUGUGAAAGGCUCCUGCAACUGUUGGAAGGUAAGGUUGAGUUCAACGCCCAAGUAUGCGAUCUUCAGCAGGACGAGAAAGGGGUCGUCGUGGGCGUCAUCGAUGGCAGGGAGUUCCAGGCUGAUUACGUCAUAAUGGCGAUCCCGCUGCCCAUGCAGCUGAAAGUUCAUUACGAGCCUCCACUGUCGCCGCUGCGAAACCAGCUCAUACAACGUACGCCGGUUGGCUCGGCGUUCAAGAUGAACAUUUACUACGCCAAGCCCUUCUGGAGGGAAGCAGGCUACGGUGGAAUAGCAUCCUGUUCCGACGACGACCUGGCUUUCACCAUUACCACGGACGACUGCAGACCUGGAUUUUCGCUGGCGGCUCUCACGGUAUUCGCCAUCGGUGACAAGGCCUUGAGGCUGCAGGAACUGCCGAAACAGGUCAGACCCAAGGUUAUCGCUGCAGAUUUGGCAAGGGCCUUCGAACAUGAAGCGGCCCACAACCCUGUGCACUUCGAAGAGAAGAACUGGCUCGAGGAGCAGUACUCCGGUGGUUGCUAUGUGUCCACAUUUCCGACGGGGGUCAUAAGCAAAUACGGAAAGACCCUGAGGCAACCGUUCGGCCGGGUGUACUUCGCGGGCACGGAGACGGCAACGGUGUGGCCUGGCUACAUGAACGGCGCUGUGCAGGCUGGAGAGAGGGCUGCCAGGGAGGUCCUAUGUGCGAUGAAACUGCUACGGAAAGACGAGAUCUGGGAGGAAGAACCAGAAUUUAAGGGUGUGAAAGCGCGGCCGUUCGAGAUGUCCUUCCUGGAGCGGCAUCCCCCUCACGUGCUGCUUGUAGCCACUACUGGAGCCGUCGCCGCGUCCGGUGUUGCCUGUGUGGCGGGCUACUGCGUUUGGAAGGCAGUCACCGCCAUGCGGGGGCCAUAGGGUAGCGUUAUCAGAGGGCACUUCGCGGAGAAGCAUUCUCGAACGCGCAUUGUACUUCAUCAGAAGGGCCUUAUCCACAGAUGGGGAAUUCACCGCUGAAUAUAUACUACCUAUUACUGAGCGUUAGAGCACAGUAAUAGUACGUAUAUCCUCCCGCAGCAGUCUAUGAAUAAGGCUUUCUCAAGCAUUGCGAUUAUACUCUAAUGUCAAAGACAUGCAUGGGUACGAAAUGGCAUCUAACGUGCGACGGGCCUGAAGUAUAGGUUGCUCCUACUGCAGAAACUUAAUGGAACGUGUUAAAGGGUUGAAUUCACGCCAGACCGAGUGCAGCAUCGCCAGGCGUGAAGAAGGGUGGAGAGGUCAACCAGACACUCGCCGGUUUGCUACCCUACGCAAAUCACGCCACUGACGCAAUCUCGAAAGCUGCUUCCGAAAAUACGCUGCAAGCUCCAUGGCACCGAGUUGGCGCGAGGACUUUGCUUUUCCAGCACCACGGAGAAUACGCAGAGUGGUUUGCUCCUGGAACGCUGGGAACCGGUUGUACGCAAGAGAAGUGCUGCCAAGCCAGGUGUUGCUUUUGCGUCGCAUUUCCGACUGUGCUACAACUUUUAUUAAGAAUGUACUUUCCACAUGCAAACUACACAUUAAUCGCUGCACGCCAUAUCGGCUCUGCGCUUUCUAUUGUAAAGCUUGCUGACCUCCCAUAUCAUUAAUAGAU